AUGUAACCCUCCGCCUGCAGUAAGUGCUGAGGCCGGGGAGCCGCCAUUUUGGACGUCAGGUUUGUUCCUCCCUCCGUCGCAAAGAGAGAGAAUAUUCCAGUUUUUUUCCGGUGUCAUUACGGCCGAGCAUGCCAGCUCCAAUUAGGUUACGGGAGCUUAUCCGGACAAUCCGGACAGCCAGAACACAAGCAGAAGAACGGGAGAUGAUUCAGAAAGAAUGUGCUGCUAUUAGAUCAUCUUUCAGAGAAGAAGACAACACAUAUCGUUGUAGAAAUGUUGCAAAGCUGCUUUAUAUGCACAUGUUGGGAUACCCUGCACAUUUUGGCCAGUUGGAGUGCCUCAAAUUAAUUGCAUCUCAGAAGUUUACAGAUAAACGAAUUGGAUAUUUGGGUGCCAUGUUACUAUUGGAUGAAAGGCAAGAUGUGCAUCUGCUAAUGACAAAUUGUAUUAAAAAUGAUCUGAACCACAGUACACAGUAUGUACAGGGCCUUGCACUGUGCACCCUUGGCUGUAUGGGUUCUUCUGAAAUGUGUAGAGACUUAGCAGGUGAAGUUGAGAAGCUACUUAAAACCUCAAAUUCCUACUUAAGAAAAAAGGCCGCACUGUGUGCUGUUCACGUUAUUAGAAAGGUGCCUGAACUUAUGGAAAUGUUCCUGCCAGCUACAAAAAACCUAUUAAGCGAAAAAAAUCAUGGUGUCCUCCACACUUCUGUAGUUCUUCUCACAGAAAUGUGUGAAAGAAGUCCGGACAUGUUAGCACAUUUCAGAAAGCUUGUUCCCCAACUAGUCAGAAUCUUAAAAAACCUCAUCAUGUCAGGAUACUCCCCAGAACAUGAUGUUUCUGGAAUUAGUGAUCCUUUUUUACAGGUUCGGAUAUUGAGAUUGCUCAGAAUCCUUGGUAGGAAUGAUGAUGAUUCCAGUGAAGCUAUGAAUGAUAUUCUUGCACAGGUUGCGACCAACACAGAAACAAGUAAAAAUGUAGGAAAUGCAAUCCUAUAUGAAACAGUUUUGACAAUAAUGGAUAUAAAAUCUGAAAGUGGUCUAAGGGUCUUAGCUAUUAACAUCUUGGGGCGUUUCUUAUUAAAUAACGACAAAAACAUUAGGUAUGUUGCAUUGACAUCACUAUUGAAGACGGUACAGACUGACCACAAUGCUGUACAGAGACAUCGGAGCACUAUUGUUGAUUGUUUAAAAGAUUUAGAUGUAUCAAUAAAGAGACGUGCCAUGGAACUGAGUUUUGCUCUUGUGAAUGGGAAUAAUAUUCGUGGUAUGAUGAAGGAGCUACUGUAUUUCCUGGACUCGUGUGAUCCAGAAUUCAAAGCAGAUUGUGCAUCUGGGGUCUUCCUUGCAGCAGAGAAGUAUGCUCCCUCAAAGCGAUGGCAUAUAGACACUAUUAUGAGAGUUCUAACCACGGCUGGGAGUUAUGUAAGAGAUGAUGCAGUGCCGAACCUAAUACAGCUUAUUACGAACAGUGUAGAGAUGCACUCUUAUACAGUACAGAGACUUUACAAAGCACUGUUAGAGGAUAUCUCACAGCAACCACUUGUGCAAGUGGCAUCAUGGUGUAUUGGUGAAUAUGGUGAUUUGCUUGUUUCUGGUCAUUGUGAAGAAGAGGAGCCAAUUCAGGUUUCAGAAGAUGAAGUUCUGGACAUUUUAGAAGGUGUUCUGGUAUCAAAUUUGUCAUCUUCUGUAACAAGGGGUUAUUCCCUCACAGCAAUCAUGAAGCUUUCCACUAGAUUUUCUAGCAGUGUAAAUCGAAUUAAAAAAGUUGUUUCAAUAUAUGGAAGCAGUAUAGAUGUGGAGCUUCAGCAGAGGGCAGUUGAGUACAAUGCACUUUUCAAGAAAUAUGAUCAUAUGAGGUCUGCCUUACUAGAACGAAUGCCAAUUAUGGAGAAGUCAACAACAAAUGGUCCUACAGAUAUCGUUCAAACAAAUGGUGAAGCUGAGCCUUCUGUUUUGGAAAAUAAACAUAUUACAGGAGGCCAUCAACCAGCCAGUCAGGCAAACGAUUUGCUAGAUCUUCUAGGAGGAAGUAAUGUCUUGCCUGUCAUUCAGACUGCUGCUUCAACAAAGCCUGCAUCAGCUGGUGGAGAGCUUCUGGACCUACUUGGAGAUCUCACUCUUUCAGGGGGUCCAGUAACAGUGCCUACGGCUCCUCUUUCAGUAUCUCAGACUCCUUUCUUGCUGGAUGGCUUAGGACCACAGCCUUUGUUUAAUGAUGUUACAGCAGGUAUUCCACCCAUGACAGCCUACAAUAAAAAUGGUUUGAAAAUAGACUUUACUUUUGAAAGGUCCAACACAAAUCCCAAUAUUGCAGUAAUUACAAUACAUGCCUCAAACUCAAUGGAUGCUGAGAUGACAGAUUUUGUAUUUCAAGCUGCAGUACCAAAGACAUUCCAGCUGCAGCUGCUAUCUCCCAGUAGUAAUAUUGUCCCAGCAUUGAACACAGGAACAGUGACACAAGUCAUCAAAGUGCUCAACCCACAGAAGCAACAACUCCGGAUGAGGAUCAAGCUGACCUAUAUGCAUAAAGGUUCUUCUAUACAGGAUCUGGCAGAAGUCAACAACUUUCCUGCACAGUCUUGGCAGUGAUUACUUUGCUUUCUUGCACACCUAAAAAGGAAACUUUUUGAAAAGAUCCUACUGAAUGAUCCCAUAUGAAGACCUCUCUCAAAAAGCAACCUUGGGAUGCACAGGGAGCAAUGGAAUCUUUCUGACAUGAAAUAAUGUUUUUGGAAAACAUAUCCAUUAAAAACUACUAGAUUGAUUGACCCUUCAUCUUUGAAGAAGUCUACUGACAAUAAGUUUAUUUCUCUGUCUCCCCACAUACACCUUAUGUCCUUUUUCUCUCUGUUUGCUGUCAGGUUGCAUAAUUGACUUGCAUCUGUUUAAUCCUUAACUGUUAAUAAGUGCACAGCAACUGAAAAGCCCUUGCAGAUAUGAUCUAUUCUGUCAGUUAAUUUAAGUUUGUGGUGGGGUCUUUGCUGCUUUUUAUAAGAUUUUUGAAUCUUUAAGUUGUGUGAAAAUAAAUGGUGGGGACAUUUUUGAGCAAAUUCUCCCCUAAUUUUUUGGCACCUAAAUUAUAUGUUUUGACCAACAAUUCAUUGUCUGCAGCCAAUGUUCUUAACCUGUAAACAAAAAUAAUGAUUUUAAAUUACAUAUUAUACUACUUUCUUGGCCAUUUACUGUAGCUGGGCUGUGUCUCUUGUUUUUUGAUUUUUUCUUUUUCCAUAUUUGAAUGUGAAGGUUUUUUACAUCUGGCACAAAGAGAAAAAUUUUGAAUGUCAUGUCUCUAAAAUGACAGGCAGAGUUGAAUUUCAGUGUGAUUUCUUUGGUAUAAGAUUGCAUUAUAAUGCUUUUUUAAAAAACAUGUAGGAUCGAAAAUAUUUUUAUUUUCACUAAUGAAAGAAAGGAAUCUAGUUUUUGAAUUAAGAAAAAAAACACGUUGUUUUCCUCCAUACUUUCUGAAAAUUACAUGAAAGCUGCCACAAAGUGUAAUUUUCUCCUUUUUGCAUAUACUUGUUAACACAGGUCCGUACAGUAAAAACUUUGCGCUACAGCUUUCACUUGCAUCUAGUAACAUCUUAGAAAGGGGGUGCAACUGUUGUUAAAAUGAAAGAGAAAAAAUCUCUUGUAAAAUAAUUCACAUUGUCUUUACUGUUCAUCCAUUGACCUUUUAAGUGGGCCAGUGCCCCUAAUUGUAAACUUCAGUUUAUUGGAGAAUGUAGAUGCUGUUGAGUUAUAUUUCACUGGUUUCAUGUAAAUUUUGUGCUAAUAGAAAAAGCAUCAGACUAUUUUCUUUAUGAACAGUGCAGCUAUGCUUUCAAUGUACAGAUGUGCAGUUUAAUCUAAAGAAUUCAAUAAAAUGUUUUUCAGCUAAAAAUGCAUAAGUUAAAAUUUGCCUUUAAUUGUAGAGAAUUUUACUCACCAAACUUGUCUCUUCAAUUUAUUUAAAUAGCCCCAUGUUUGCAACUUGGCAGCAUAGAUAUAUCUGUCAAUCUGGUUAAGUAAACCAAGCUAUGCAGCUUCAGUUUUCAUUUUUUUAAGCAUCCAUUAACAAAAGCAGUCUUUGUAGAUGAACAUUUGAAUUGACUUUGAAUGUAGUGUUGGUACUUUUUGUAUUUCUUUGAAUUAGCUUUUGCACCAUCAAGGUCACGUAUUUCAUCAUCAGGCCAUUGUAAAAGUUUUAUUAGGACUGUACUAUAGUUCACAUUUGACAUUAAAGAACUAAACUUUUUUUUUUUUUUUUUAAUUGGGAUGCUUUAUAUUUAGACACAAAUCUAUGCUGAAAAUAUUGCAGUUGCUAAAAUGAGUGCCUUUAUUAUUGUGUAGGCAGUAUAAACUCUUAAGUGCUAACUGCACUUAUCUGAAUUCAGUAUUUGUUUUUUUUUCUAGUUUUUGCUCAGACCCUUAAAUGUUUAUGGGUGGAAAGAGGUAUAUUACUUUUACAUUAAGAUUGGCUGUAGUGGCCUCAAUAUUGUUAGUAUAAAAGUGAUACAUGUGGCAUUGGUUGGUAAAUUUGUUUAUAGGCAGUCUUAAUUAUAAAUAUAGAUAAACCUUUGAAUCUGAAAAUUUCCUUAAGUAUAGCAAAAAGAAUUUAUUUUCUCUUAUAAAGAAAUGAUUAUUUCAUACUGUCUCUUUGCAUUCCUUCAAUUUUUUGUUUAUUUCAAUGUAUAUUUUUAUUCUAAUGCCAGCUUUACUUUUUUUUCUUUUUUAUGUGUGAUUUUGCAUUGUAGCUUAGCUGUCACAAAAUAAUUAAAACAAUAUUUGUAAUACCUCACAAAACAGUUGCUUAGAGCUUACACUUUAUAAUGUGCAUUUUAUAUUUACAAGAUAAUCGAAUAUUUGGGAGAAGAAAUGGUAAGGUAAAGUUUUGUCACUGAAUGAAUGACCUCUCAUAACAGUAAGUGCAAUGACCAAAGUAAUGUUAAAACGUCUAAUAUUCAUGCCAUUUGAGCUUAGAAUAAAGUUCAAGAAAAUUGGUUCAGACAAAAUGCUGGUAAGCAGUGGCCUGCAGUGAUUGAUAUUCCAUUUUGUGUGUGAGUGUAUAUAUAUAUUUAGGUCUUUUUCUAAUAUACUAGUUAGUCAGGUUCCCUAAAUCUAAUUUUGCAAACAGAUGAAAAUAUAGUAAUAUUCAAAAAUGAUUACAUUAAGGAUUAGUUUUCUAUUAUAUUAUAACCUAGUUGGUUUGUUAUAUAGGUGGGUUUUCAUAAACCUUUUGUAUAUUGCAAAAAAAGAUAUAGAGACAUUAGCACCUGCUACAUGUAUAUUGUAAAUAACUGUACAAAAUAUUGCUGAAGCUAAUCCCAUUUCAAAUUUGCUGGUAUGAUUGCCUGUAUCCAAAUGUAUAAAUAAUUCACAACCAUAGCUUAUUGAACUACUGAAUUAAUCAGUCUUUGAUUUUAAAGAUAGGUCCUUUUAAUACAAAUUUGCAUUAUACUCAAAGUUGUUUAGCAAACACAAAAAAGUUUCACAUUGUCCUGGUUCAAAACUCUUCAUUAGUAAUUAAUGUGGAAACCACUGAAAGUACAAGAGUCAAGAGGUUGCUUGCCUAACAGCUUGAUUAUAAGAGCUGUGCAGUUGCUUAUGAAACUGUGAAUCCUUAUGUUUAUGAAUUAUUUACUUGGUGUAUUCUCCUCAGAAAAUGUUUCACCCCCCCUUUACCAAUGCAAUAAGAGUUUACCUCAAAACAGUCCUAUAUCUUACCCUUAACCACAUUUUUGUAUCCCACACAGACUCACUCAUUCUUUCUGUUUAAAAAAAAAAAUGCUGAUAACUUAAGUACUGCAUUCCCAAGUUGUUUAACAGUUAUUAUUAUUAUAAACAGUUGAUUGAAGUGGUCCUUAGAGAUAUGUAACCUUCAAGUCUCAGACUCUAUGUACAUUAGCUAUUUUUAAUGCAGAUACAAGAUUAUGCUGAGAUAUAAAUUAAUUUUAAUGGCAGAACAGUUUUUUGUUUAAAGUGAUCUAAUUUCUUGCCAUUCGUUGAGUUUCUUAAUAUUUGGUUUUUAUUAGAUAUUCAUUCUGUCCCUACUGUGCAUUUUGUUGUUUUGAUCUGAACUUAAUAUUGGUAAAAUUAAAUGUCAUCAGUCAAACAGAGAGGAUGCACUGUGUACACCUUCAAGACAAUAAUCAUGUAAUUAAAAUAUUCAUAGUAUUUUUUCCCCCCUUGGGUUUUUUGGGAGUUUAGGAAUUUUUUACUAUCUGUACUUUUAAGUGACAACAUUUCGCAAAUAUCAGUGGGAAAUGGAAAGCUGACCACCAUCUGUGAUGUAAAUAUUUGGGGUUGGGGGCCAAUAUGCAUUUUACUAUAGAUCAGAAAAUUUAAAUGCAAACGUACCUGAUUCCUUUCUUUCUGUCAUGUGCCAAGAACUGGUUUUUAACAGGUUUAUAAUGCUUCACCCAAAUUGGUAUUUGUGCAGGUUUUUUUUUUUUUAUUUGUAUUUUGUCCAUUAUUACCCCUUCAAGAGGAGUCUGACCACCAGUCUUGCAUAACAUUUGUCAAAGAUUCUUUUAUCGCUGUUCAGUAAAACUUUCAAAGAUAUAAUUGUUGUCACAAUGUUUACAUUUAUACAUUGAGUAAAACAUUGAAUAAGCAUCAUUUACCAUCAUUUCUACAUAUUCUGCCAUUUUCUAUUGAGAAAAGAUGUGGACUUUUUUCUUUUCAUGGCCUAUUUCAAUGUUUUUAUGUUUAGUAUUGUUGAAAAUGCUUUGGUCUUUCUUUUUGUUGCCUUUGCAAAAAUGUAUAUUUUAAAACCUCAGAAUAGGUUUUGGAAAUGUACACGUUUUAUGGAAUCAGGUGAUUUUUAAUUUUACCAUUAAUAACAAAUUAUUUUCAUGAUUGACAACUUUGUUAAUGGACAAGUGAGACAUCUGUUGAGAUAUUUGCAUUAUUUUGUACACGUUGGUACAUCUAUUCAUAUGUGCAUGUACCUCCCAUACUUCUCAAGGUAAAAGGCGCAACAUGAGGAUGAGUUGCAGUAGUUCACACUCAGAACUGCAUGUGAGUACCAGUGUGUAAAUAGUCACCUUUCUGCCUUUUCUCCCUCUCAGUCUUUUUAAAACAGCACCGAGCCAGCUGACCUGCAAUGUGAAAGUAUGUUAGAAGCAGAAAAGUUGACUAUAAACUGUUCAAAUGAAAAAAGAAAUGUUUCUGACAAAUCAAAAUUGUGUAGUCUCCAUUUAAUUUUAUGUGAAUAUUUUCUAUGGUUUUAUGUAUUUUUCUCUUUGGACAAGGAAUUGGAGUCUUAGUGUGCAGAGAACCCUGGCAGCAGACCACUAUUGUUUUAAAAUUAAUAACAGUUUAUUCCUGUACUUGAAACAGUCUUUAAACAGUUUAUAAUAUACACCUUUGUUUAUUUUCACAAGAAAUUACUGGUUAAUAACUUAAUAAAGCUGUAAUUUUUUGAGUCCCUUCCUUGACAUAACAAAUUUGAACAUCUUUUAAACUGCAAGUGAAUGAAAAUGUCAGGAUUAAAUAAGGAGUUGUACAAAAGUAAGUCUCUGUUACUGUCUUUGGGUUUGGAAAAAAGAAUAAAAUCUAUGAUCACUGACUAAUAAAAGCAAAAACAUUCAUA